CCGACGUUCGUGAAGUUGGCUACGAAAUCAAAAAUUGUACUUUGUUGCCGAAAUGCUUACGCAUCUCAGCUGAUCAUAAUAAUUCAUAUUGUGAAGCAGUGUACUGCAGUAUACAUUGUCUGAGUCCUGCAGUCGAGAUGUUCGCACUGCUUAUUCAACUCGCUUUUCUCUUUUGUGGCGUUUCCUACGCUGCAAAUGUAAGAGCUCCAACAUUUAGCAAUGCCUACGCAGCAAAAGGAACUCUCUACAUUCCUUAUGCUGAAAUCCAAGAACCAUUUUACGCUUGGUUCGAUGGAAACACCGGAUCCAGCAGAAUCGAUUAUUAUGGAGGUAUGGUCAAGACAUUUCAAUUGAGCUCUGAAGGAAGUUAUGGAUCGAGUAUAAAAGUCGCUCCAGUAACAACGGAAACGAGUACCAAUGAUGAAAUGUGUCUUCAAGUUAAUGGCACAAGAGAUAUGAAAAUUCAGCCUCAAACAAUUAUUCCCGACACUACUGGAAUGGAGUGUAUUGGUCAAGAAAUUGUGAAUGGCUUCAAUUGUGAAAAAUGGCGUUUGGUCACCAAAAUAGGAGAUAAAACUAAUAAAUACACUUUAUGGAUUCGUUACAAGAAUGCUAAAAAGUCUUCAAUUGGCAAGGAAGCAAUUCCAGUGAGGUAUGAAAUGAAAGGCUUCAAUUCCCUCUUGGGUUCUCAUUACGAUCAUUAUUAUUUGGAAUACGAAUGGUACUCAUACGAAAAACCAAAUGCUGAUGUCUUCAAAGUAACAGAAAAUACAACAUGCGUGGGUUUCCCUGGACCCGGAGACAAACAUAUUUACACUUUCAAUCCAAUGAGGGAAUUCAUUCACGAUUAUGAUAAUCAUAUGGAAACUGCUUUUGGUCAAUAUAAAAAAACACAUAAUCGAAAAUACAAAAAUGUUACCGAACAUCAUAGAGCCAAGGAAAAUUUCCGACAAAAUUUGAGAUUCAUUCACUCGGUUAAUCGUGCAAAUUUGGGCUUUCAAUUGGAUGUUAACCAUUUGGCUGAUAAAUCCGAUCUUGAAAUGAAAGCAUUGAGAGGAAAGCAAUACUCGGGAUAUGGUGACAAUGGUGGUUCACUAUUUCUCUACGAUGUCGAAAAAGAAAUCAAAAGUGUUCCAGCAAAUCUUGAUUGGCGACUAGCAGGCGCUGUGACUCCCGUGAAAGAUCAAUCUGUCUGUGGUUCUUGUUGGAGUUUUGGAACAACUGGAGCUGUUGAAGGAGCUUACUUUAUGAAAUAUCAUAAACUCCUUCGCCUCUCUCAACAGGCACUGAUCGAUUGCUCCUGGGGUUUCGGAAAUAAUGGUUGUGACGGUGGCGAAGAUUUCCGGUCUUACAAAUGGAUUGUAAAACAUGGAUUGCCUACUGAAGAGGAUUACGGCGGAUACUUAGGCCAAGAUGGAUAUUGUCACGCGAAUAACGUUUCCGCAUCUGUGAGAAUGAGCGGAUUUGUUAACGUUAGUCCAGGAAGUGUUGAUGCAAUGAAAGUUGCACUUUUCAAAAAUGGACCAGUUUCGGUUGCUAUUGAUGCUUCACACAAAACUUUCUCCUUCUAUUCAAACGGCGUCUAUUACGAUCCACAGUGUGGAAAUACGGAAAAUGAAUUGGACCACGCAGUUUUGGCAGUUGGUUAUGGAACAAUGAACGGUCAGGAUUAUUGGCUUGUGAAAAAUUCCUGGUCCAAUUAUUGGGGUAACGACGGUUACAUUUUAAUGGCUCAAAAGAACAAUAAUUGUGGAGUCUUGACUGCUCCAACUUACGCAGUUGUCGCGUAAAUUAAACCUUGAAUCUAUAAUUAUAAUAUAAGGAAUCUUUUUUCUUUCUUUUCAUUUAAAAUAUUAUUUUCAUUUUAAAAAAAGCUCUCUAGUAUUGAACAAAUGUUACAGAAACAUUGAACGAAUUACGAACAAACUGUAAGUUAUGACUAUUCAAUUUUAGAAUUUAAGAUUGUUACUUCGGGAAAUAAAAUAUGCCUUAUUUUCUAUAAGAAAUAAAUAUUGAGGCGCUUAAUGUUUAGCGCAAUGUGAUAUUUAAAUAAAGAGGGUUUCUUCUAA